AUGUCGGCGCGCAUUGUCCCGCGCGGGCCUCUGUCGUUGGCGCAGCGGUCCUGCCUUCAGGGCUUCGUGGCUUCCGACGGCUCGUCCCCAGGCAUCCUCAUGAGGGGGACCGACCUCAACCUAGGGGUUUGGUGCGGACAGCAGCGUCAGGCCCGUUACGUGCUGGGAGCCGCAUUACAGAACUUACUCUGGAACGCUCGAUUUGUCCGCGGAGAACUCCGGAGAUGGCCAGAAAUGUGGCGUGGAUUUGAGGGCUGCUCUCCAGGGAGUCUUCGAGAAGCGCCAGCUCCCCAGACGAGAGGCGGCCGAGAGCUCUCGGGGGCUGGGGGUGGCCGCGGACCCCGCGAGCUCCAGACGGUCUACCUCAUGUUGGGGCUGAGGUCGUGGCAACAGUUGGCCUGGCUCUCCGCCCCCACCUCACUUGUGCAAGCCCCUGAUUUCGCUGUGACCCAAGAACACCUGUGA